AUGGCGGUGACGAUGCUGCGGGACUGGUGCAGGUGGAUGGGCAUCAGCGCUCGAAGGGGUCUGCUCAUUCUGGGCAUCCCGGAGGACUGUGAUGAAGCCGAACUCCAAGAGUCUCUGGAGGCCGCCCUGUGGCCCAUGGGUCACUUCACCGUGCUGGGCAAAGUGUUUCGAGAGGAGGAUAAUGCCACUGCAGCCCUGGUCGAGCUUGACCGGGAAGUUAACUAUGCUUUGGUCCCCAGGGAAAUCCCGGGCACCGGGGGUCCCUGGAACGUAGUCUUUGUGCCCCGUUGCUCAGGCGAGGAGUUUCUCAGUCGCGUGUUCCACUUCCUGGAGCAACAGGGGCAGACGGUGGAGAGUGUGGCUGGGGCCCUGGGGCUGGGACUGCGCCGGGUGUGCUGGCUCAGAUCGGUCAGUCAGGCAGUCCAGCCCUGGGUGGACACCAUGCGGUACCAGCGCCUGGGCGUGUUUUCUGGGAGGGAUCAGCCCGCCCCGGGGGAGGAGUCCUUUGAGGCCUGGCUGGACCACACCACAGACAUGCUACAUGUAUGGCAGGGGGUCUCAGAAAGGGAGAAGAGGAGGCGGCUGAUGGAAGGCCUUCGAGGGACGGCCCUGCAGCUCGUGCACGGGCUCCUGGCAGAGAACCCUGCCAGGACGGCUCAGGACUGCCUGGCGGCCCUGAUCCAGGUGUUUGGAGACAACGAGUCGCAGGCAACCAUCCGGGUGAAGUGUUUGACAGCUCAGCAAGAGUCAGGCGAGCGGCUCUCUGCUUUCGUGUUGCGGCUGGAAGUUUUGCUGCAGAAAGCCAUUGAGAAGGGGGCCCUGGCCAGAGCCUCAGCUGACCAUGUACGCCUGAGGCAGGUGCUCGCCAGGGCCAACCUUAUUGAGCCGCUGGAUGAAGCGCUGAGGAAGUUGAGAAUGGUUGGGAGGUCUCCAAGUUUCCUAGAGAUGCUGGGGCUUGUUCGGGAGUCUGAGGCCUGGGAGGCCAGUCUAGCCAGGAACGAGAGAGCCCAGGCAGAGGAAGGGGCUGGUGCCCGGGCCAAUGCCCAGGCUGAUGCCAGAGUCGGUGCUAAGGCGGAGGAUGACAAGGGCCCGGGAGGUCCUGGCUGUGAGCCAGAGGGCCUCGCCCAGGCAGGAGACCAGGAGACUGGGGAGCCCCUGGAGGAGGGGCUCAAGCCCAUCCCAGAGGAGUUGGGAAAUGAGGACGGGGCUGGGGAGAUGAGCCCCGCCAAGUCCUCCUCGGGCAAAUAG